UCACUAGUCUACAGACUACUGUACAGAGUACAGUUGUUAGCCUAUACUUCUUAGAUUAUUUCGAACGGUACGGUGCAUGGGUGCCAGACGUGAGUAUAUAGUUAGCGGUCGAAGAAUAGAAUCUGCACACUACUUUUGUACAUGAUGCAACGACCUAAAAAAUACAAAAAGAACGUUUCGACGUUUCAAGCGACUAUACUAUAGUACAGGAGUAUAGACCCUUCGACUUCGUUCAUAUAGUUGCAUCGUCUAGAGUUCGAAGUUUUUUUUUAAUUACUAUCUUUUGAACAUUCUUUUUAGUCUGCUCGGGCGAGAUACAGUCUGCUUAGACUAUAUUCUUCUUCGAAUUUUCAAUCGUCUGAUAUUUCGAGAUCGGCCAACAUGAUACCUCAUGCAUGUGACCGUAAAUGGUUUAUUUACUUCAUGUAUACGGCGUGUCGUGAGGGCGUGGGUCGCAGGGUUGUUUUUAUAAAAUCUUUGAGAGAAUCUUUUAAAGCAAAAAUGACUAACAAGCGUGUAAUAUUUUAUUAAUUAACCGUCUUUUUAUUAUCUUACCAUUUAUUGCGAUUUUAUUCAUCGGUUUGAAAGCAGGUUUUUGAGUCUUUAAGAAGAUAAAAGUGCACAGGAAGUCCGUCAAGUGCUUGAAACUGAAAAAGUAUGUGGGCAUGCAGCACCGCGGUGCGAUGUCGGAAGACCAAGCCUUGUUUGUAAACGUGAUAUACGUCCAGCGAUAAAUAUGUUGCCAUAUUUGUACUGGAUAUACGACGAGGAGAAGUUAAAGUCAUAAACAAGGGUUUCACAGUAAACAUUCAGUACAUAUGUUUGGUCACGACUGCAGGCGUACUGUGAAAAUAUUCAAGAAAAUGAGAAUUCGAAGACAGUUCUCUUUACGUGGUCUUAGGUAAGUUACCUUACUUCGGUAAUAUAUUACAGAAAUAUUUAUGUACACGUCUAUUGUGUAGACAAUGCCAAUUGCUGUAAUUGUUGUCAGUUUGCUUUAUGACUUAAAAUGUCGACAUGAACAGAAUCCAUUGUAGUCUCAAUUAUAUUAGCACAGAUCUGAAAAUACUGAGUCUGAAGUUUGGAAGAAAACCAGACUCUUUACUAUAAUCAAUUCCUGGCCAGGCAGUAGGCAAGAUGUGUUUAUCCGACAAAUAUUUAUCCGUUCUAGUUGCCCUAGCUUCAAUGAAAUCAACUGACAUUGAACUUUCCUGCUCUCAAGCGGUAAAUAGCCUUAGCCGUUUUGGUUUGCAUGCCGAGUAUAAUCCAUGCCCCCCCCACGAUUCACCAUGUUAUUGCAAUGCUUAUAGCCUAAGAAUCAGAUUUUAUGUGUGUUUUUUCCCUUGAUUUUGUGAAGCAAUUAAAUGCCGAGUAAUAAAUGCAAGUUGUAAUAAUGCAAGAUGAUGCAUUUAUCACAAUCUUUGUUCCCUGUUGCUGUCGUGUCAGCUUUGGUUCCGUCGUGUGGUGAUAUUGGGCAAGCUUUAUACGUUGCCAUGUCAGCCGAUAACCGCCAAAACAUAUAUGAAUGACGUCAAAACCUGCCGACAAUACCAAAUUAUGAGUCUGUGACCAAUGUUGGUUGACGUAAAAAAAACUAAAGUGUUUCUGUCUGAUGUAAAGUGGAAUUCUUUUUAAAUUCUUUGCGUUUGCAAGAAUAUUUAACAAUUAUUCGCCGAAGGCGAGGUGGUUAUCGGGGAAUAUUCGCCGAAUCGCCGAGACGAAGUCGAGGUGAAUAUUCGCCCGAUAAUCACCGAGCCUGAGGCGAAUAAUUGUUUUAGUAUUUUUACACAAGUCUUUUGUGUUUUUUGGGACUGAAUUUAUUUUAAUUUCGCUUAUUUCUUUAUCAGUAACUUUCACAAAACGGCUCAGUAGCCGCCAUUUUGAAAAUUUCGGUUUUGUUAUAUUCGCCUGUAGGUGAAUAUAACAGCUUCAUACGUCAAAUUUGACAAAUCAACUUGUAAGAUUUGUUAUAUUCACUUGUGCAAAAAUACUAACAGAAAGUGAAUUUAUUCGGCAAACUGGUUAAAAUAUUGCUCAAUUAAUGCCCAAAUAAUAAUUAGGAAAUAUUCGUAUAUGUUCGUAAAUAUGACUAUUAUAUUAAAUCUAUAUAGACUGAGAUUUCUAAAUAAACAAAACAACUUCAUAGACUGCAUGGCGAGAACACAAGAAGUCACUAUAUUGAAGUAUAUAUAUAUAUCUCAGAAUCAUCAAAGCUUGUGCCAAGUUGCGAUUCUGGUGCGGACGCCCACAGACUAUAAAGACUUUUGUAGUACGAAGGUCUUUCUUAUAUGAGUAAUGUUAUAGUUAUUUAAUUAACAAAAUUUAGAUGUCGUUUUAUUAGGAUAUUUGGCGAAUUGCCAUGAACUUCAAAGUGCCUUACCAACCGACAUCGAGGCCAAUGAACUCGGUCUCUGCAUUUAUGUUAGCGAGAAUCAUUGGAUCAUAUCAACCUUACCCAAGCAAUGUUUAAGCGCGGGGCAGAGUAUAAAGGCUGAUUUUAAUUUACACUAUCAAAGUAAGAAUUUUGCAUAUAGGUAUAAAUUCUACGUUUUGAAGGAUUUCUGAUAAAGUGAAAUGAUUGAGGAAACAUACUCAAUGUUUAACACUGUGCCAGUUCCAUCAAACAUUUCUUACAAAUCGUUCAAAACUUAGAAUUUACCGAUGCAAAAUUCCUACUGUGUCUGUGAUCACAGAAACUUUGAUAGUGUAAAGUGACAUCGAUAGAUAAAAAUAUAUAACUUUUUUUGAUGUUACUGUUAGUACGUACGUUUUCUGUAAUAAAAGAAGAAUGAGAAGAGGCUGACACAAUUCUAUCAUUACACGAAUCUCAAUUAAAGUACUUUGCAAAAGCUACAUUACGAAACUAAAAGCAUAUAACGUACGCAAUUAUUUCCUCGAAAUCAACCGCCCUGCGAUUUGGUCUUGUCUCGCUACAAUAUUGUCAACUAUGAUCUCAAUGUGAACUAUGUGAAUCCAGAGAUGCCGAAACCACGGGUGCAGCGGGGCAAGUGCACCCCUUGCCUUUUGCAUUUUCAACUUUGUAGGUGCAGUGCGGGUGCAGACUAUGAGUGUAACGGGUGCACAAAACUUUUACAACAGACAGAAUUAAACGUCGUCCGAGGAUUGUGUGGGGGUGUUCCACCCCCCAGUCGUCAGGAAUUCGGCAAAAUUUUUAUCCAUUUGGCGGAAGGUGAAACGGAAAGCAUUACUUAUAGAAUUUUUGGCGAGAAAUUACGGAGGAAUUGUGCCUAAAUAAUUGUAUUCGGUCCGAAAAAAAUUGGUGACGGGGGGAGGGAGGAUGACACGAAUGUAGGGUCAUGACGCCCUUUCAUUUUCAUUGGUGCCCUUUUGUUAAGGAGUAUGCCCUCUUGUUAACCAAUUGCACCCCUUGCCCUCAGCAACUUCCGGCAAUCCCUGUGUGAAUCCCAACAGAUCUCGGCAAUGCCAAUGGUAACGAUCUUUUUUUAACCCAUAUGAUUUAUUUUCUGCAGGUUUAGCCACUCGCCAGGAUUUAAAGAAAGUGACGAAGAAAUAUAUCGUGUUGUUCACCACAAUUACAGGAGAGAAUUGAGAAUUUCAAGAAGUAAAUAUCAGCAAGUUGCGGAAUACAUCAAUGAAAUAUUUCGUGCACUGGCAAACUAUGACGCAAGAUUUGAGUUUGAUCCAAUGUCAUUUGAUGAUCAUCGUUGUGAAAUGGUCUCAACGAGUGAAAUAAAAUUGACUUGUGAACUCAAACACAUUUCUAAAAGAGAUUAUGAGGUGGACGGUGAUGCAUCUAACGGAAGGAUUCAAAUCAAAUUGCAAGAUGAUAUGCAUAGGUAUGAUUGAUGAUAUUUGUUCUAUGUAAUUAUUAUUGGUGAUGAUCAUAUCAAAUUAUAAUUGAUUAUUAAUAAUCAUCAGUAGUAUAUAUAUAUGAGACUGAUCACCACCAUCAUUAAUUCUUAUCAUCAUUAACCUUGCCACCACAUAAUCUUCACCAACAGCCGUAAAUAAUGGUAAUCAUGAUAAUAACGAUCGAUCAUCUUAAUAAUUAACAUCUAUCACAAUUAUUAUCAUCAUACAAUAAUUACCAACACAUCAUUUGUACAAUUAAUCAUAAGUUUCAUUUACUGUUGCUAACAUUAAACAGUAGCUACAAUAAUUUUCAAUUCGAGAUGGUAACACAUUGAUCACAGAGCGUUUGAUUGAUAAUUUUGUGGCCAGUUUAAAAAAUUGCAGGAAUUUCAAGUCAUUUUUCGGAAUUUCUUUGAUUUUUCAGGCACCACUUCAUUGCGAUAGUAAACUACUGUAGUUUUCAUGUCUAACAUAGUUAAACGUCUUACUAAAACAACUUUUAAAAAUUCUCUAGAUACAACAAUGUCUCAUGGGAUGACGUGUGCAGUGAACGAAGUACAACUGAACCAAAGUAUUUAAACACACGAACUUUGCUCGACGUUUUCACCACGGCCCUGGGGCGAGCAGUCCGUGACGUGUGGAACAAACAUCGGAAUGUUGGUCUAGUGUACCGGGUCUCCGGUAACCAAGCUCGUAUAUAUGUCGAUAUCCCUGACACCGGGUUUUUUACUGUCUCGUUAAUUCCCGCUAUUAAACUAACAAAAAGCGCCGUCAAAGGACUGGACUCUAAAUCAGAACUUCUCAAAGGCCAGGGAGAAAAGGGAGAUUCUAUCUCGACAAUUUAUGCAAUUGCGCAGCCAAAUCGUUAUUUCCAAGACGAAUCUUGGCGGCUUUCGUACAAAACUUUAGAAAGCGGAAUUAUGAACGCUGAACAAUUUAUCUGUGGACGCGUUUGUUUACACGCAUUACGUCAUUUGUUUCACUCGUCCAAGUCCCCCCGUUGCGGAAUUAGAGCUCUGACUUUAUCUCAUCUUCAACUCGCAGUCAUUCAAGAGUACGCGAAACGUCCUGACGCGAAGGACUGGACACCAGCUAAAUUCAUCAAACGCCUUUCAGGAACUAUGACGUCACUUACGUCAUGCCUGAAGGAGGGUAUGUUAGUCAACCAGUUUUCAGGUGUAAAUGUUUUCUCACAAUUUGACAUGAAAUCUUUGAAAGUUCUCGCCAAAGAUGUUGAACACGCGAGUACUAAAUGUCGGGAAAAAUUACUGCGUAUGUCAGCAUGAAGGACUGUCAAUUUAUAUCAGCGAGAACUGAGAAUGUCCAAGAAUUCGAUGAAAGUGUACAUAGAAAAAACGUUAUACAUGUUAAUAUAUUUAAUUAACCUUUUGCAUCUGAGAAUGUUCCUAUAUUUAUCAUAGCAGUCUAACUAAGAUGUUUAAUAUGUAUACUAUGUCCCGCUUCAUGUACUAUAAAUUUAAAUUUACAUUGUAUACUUUCUGAUGGUAUUUAUAAUAGUACUAUUUAUAACAGAA